UUGUGUGUGUUAAAAAUGAUUGGCUGUGUUCCAACAAAACAUAUUUUCUUCCAUUCCAGUAGAUGUUUUCCCUGUAAACAGUGCCAGGGCAAGUUUAAAAUCAGUGAAACUUCCUGCUCACCCACAGCAGGUGCAAGAGCAGCUCAGAGGAAAGAAGAAGGACUCCUGCCUGCCGGAUUAAUCUCUACCGUCAUCGUCAUCAUGAGAUUGUCUCCAGUUUCACAGCUUCUGCUGGUUCUCUUAUCAGUCCUGGCCCUGACCAGGGCACAAACGACAACUCAAACAUCAGCUGACACAACAACAACCGAACCAGCAACAACUCAAACAUCAGCUGACACAACAACAACCGAACCAGCAACAACUCAAACAUCAGCUGACACAACAACAACCGAACCAGCAACAACUCAAACAUCAGCUGACACAACAACAACCGAACCAGCAACAACUCAAACAUCAGCUGACACAACAACAACCGAACCAGCAACAACUCAAACAUCAGCUGACACAACAACAACCGAACCAGCAACAACACAGACUAUAGAAACCAGCACUACAGAAACCACCACAACCCUACCAGAAACCACCACCACAGAAACCACCACCGCUGAAACCACCACCGCAGAAACCACCGCAGAAACCACCACUGAAGAAACCACCACCGCAGAAACCACCACCACAGAAACCACCACCGAAGAAACCACCACCGCAGAAACCACCACCGAAGAAACCACCACCGAAGAAACCACCACCGCAGAAACCACCACCACAGAAACCACCACCGAAGAAACCACCACCACAGAAACCACCACCGAAGAAACCACCACCGCAGAAACCACCACUGAAGAAACCACCACCGCAGAAACAACCACAGAAACCACCGCUGAACCCACCACCACAGUCAUACCAGCACCGGCGAUAUUCUAUCCAUUUGGUCCAGCAGCAGGAGACGGUGAACAGUUUGAAAAUGGUGGUGAAACCUCUGUAAACUUUACCUUCUCCACUCCAUUUACGUACUUUGGCCGCAAGUACAACUAUAUAUAUGUUAAUAAUAACGGACUCCUUACCUUCAGCCAACCUAUACCAGAAGCUAACCCUUUCAUCAUUCCCUAUGGAGUUGAAGAUUUCAUUGCUGCGCUCUGGACUGAGCUUGAUGACAUUGGAUUGGGCAAAUACUGGUAUCAGCAGUACACAAGUGGAAGUGUGCUCACUCGUGCCAGUCAGGAUAUAAACCAGUAUUUCCCUCAUAUUGGCUUCGCUGCUUCUUCAGUCUUUGUUGCAACAUGGGACUAUGUUCAAACAUUCGAUACGAAUGUUUUUAAUCAGCGCUCAGCACCGACAAUCACGUUUCAAGCUGUUUUAAUUUCAGGAGGUGGUUUUUCUUUCAUUCUGCUGAAUUAUGGUGACUGUGCUGAUGUGGUACCUUAUCCAGUGGAGGCUGGAUACGACACCAUAAACUCCGCUGACUACUAUGUCAUUCACUAUGCAAAUGAUGGCUACUCCAUCUCAAACCUCAAGAACAGGAGUAAUGUAGACGUUCCGGGUCGUUGGGCCUUUCUUGUGAACAACGGAACAGAAAAUGUCUUGGGAGUUCAAAUAAAACUUAGCUCAUUUUUAGACCUGACACAGAAGGGAAACAUUGAGGAUGUUUUGAAGCAAAUAAAACACGUGCUGGUCCAAAAUAAUGUGUCAAGUUUCUUUGAGAUGAAAUUAAGAAACGUCAAAAAGACAUAUCCGUAAAACAUGGAAGGAACUUAAAAGGUUUAAAAUGUGUCCUUGAAGAUGUAGAAACUGACAAAGAGAAGAAUGUCACUCCGCAGGAAGGGAGCCUUUAUAUUUUCUCACCCUUCAACUUUUUACUCUCACAUACAUAUAUAUAACACAUAACUCAUCCACACACAAACAUAAAUGAGCAUAUAUAAUGAAAUAUGAUACAAUUAGAUAAUGAAAUAGAUUAUUAUACAUGUUCCAACCAAUUUAGUUUGAAUAAUAAUCAUUGUUCCUCUUUUGUCUUUGUCCCAUCAUGCUUUGUGUUUUCAGAUAUCUUUAACAAGUUUCUGGGCUUUAAACUAAUCAAACUGAUCUGUAGCAUGUAAACAAUGCAAUUAAACCUGUUCUUUGUCUACAA